AUGUUAAUGGAAUAUAGGGCAGAGAAGCUUGGGGCCUUCCACAUGAUCUUCUACCAGAGCAAAGACAUCUAUGAGUUCUCAGGGAAACAAAAGAGAGCCAACAGGCAGCUACUGGAAAUUGAAGACAUGCAAAAGAAAAAUCUAUUCAAAGUGUUCUCUAAGAACUCCCAACAGGAUGUUGAGCAGUUCCAGAUCAACUACCCACUCAGGACCAAGCAAAACCAUAGAGAAACGAUGGAUGCUAACCAAGCUUCAGAAACCAACUUAGGGUUGGGUUGGGUCAGAGCAAUAGGGCAGGCCCACAGAAGACUUUAUCUCUUCCUUGGCCAAGACACCUGCAUGAAAUUCGGACUUGACAAGUGCACAAAACUCUCUGUCCACCACGGAGUCCUCACCCCUAUGGGAGACAUCACCUACAUCAACGAUGAACAACUCCGAGAGCUCACGGCCCCUGACACCUAUAAAUAUCUCAGUGUGGAAGACCAAUCUUCCAUGGCUGCCAAGCGCACGAAGCAGAGACUGACGACAGAAUACAAACACAGAGUCCGCCUCGUACUAAAGACCGAGUUGUCCGGCAAAAAUAAGAUCUCUGCCCUAAACAGACUUGCCACCCGUCCUCAACUACAGCUUUGGAGUUAUCGAUUGGCCAUCAAUCAAGGGACCAGAAAACUCCUGACCAUGCAUCACACCCACAAUCAGAAGGCUGCCGUCAUAAGACUCUACCUUCCGAGAUGCAAGGGAGGGAGGGGACUGAUCGAACUCAAGUCCCUCUAUAAGCAGACAACGUGCGAAGUCACCAGAUAUAUCGAAAGGAAGCAGGGAAGACUCAUUUCCAUCCUGAGAGAGCAAGAUGCCAUAAAGAAAUCCCACUCCAUCCAGGGAGAUGCCACCCGCUUCCAAAAUGCACUCCAUCUCAAUGAUGAUUAUGACACGAUGGAUGUGAAGACGGCAGACCAAAGACAAAGUGAGGCUCGAUGGAAGGAGAAACUGCUUCACGGCCAGCACCCCAAGAUCAUGGAUAAACCAUCGAUCAACUUGGACAUCAGCUAUAAUUAG